GUUGUGUUUAUGGCUCUUUUUGGAGUGCAUGUGGCUGUCUGUCGCUGUGAGCUCUUCCCAGGCGGGGUUACACUACCUGUGUGGGGAGGAAGGGGUGCAGCUUCGUAUAACUCCUGCAUAUCUGGGGCCCAAUGUAACCUUUCAAGUCCGAGAUGAGUUCGGGAUGGGAUAUACUAUCUCAGGCUGUCUCGCUAGCUGCCUGCUUUCAUCUCGUGACGUCAAUGGAGAGAUUGUCUUUUAUUCCCCAUACAAUGUUUGUCUCUCUGCUCACAAGGGUUCAAUAUGGAAGCUCCGUUUAAGAUUGUUUGGGACUAAAAAAACGGAGGAUUUAGACCUUGUGUGCCCCAAGCCUAAAAUCAUAAAGCCCAGAGUAAUUUCCCGUACCCAGAAGCCAAAGACUUUCAGGAAUACCUCUGUAUCAGUUGUGCCUAGCAACUUUGCUGGGCCUACAAACCAAACCUUAUUUUUGAAUACUAUAGUAACUGGAGAAACUGUGACAUUGGGGAGAACCAUUUCACACCAUGAAAAAACACCGAAGGAAUUUUCAUCUUCGGGACUGUCCCAAUUACAGACAGAAAUCCUUCCCACCCAGAACCCCCAGUGGAAUUUGACAACCAAAUCUGUUGCCUAUGUCACAGACUCUGGAAUGGUUUCAUCCAUGCACUUAACACACAAAAUGCCUGCUGUCUCCACACUGCAAACCGGAAACAUGGGACUUCUGUCUCCUGCUCAGUGUCUUGUGUCCUCAGACAAGGUGCCUUGCCUGGAUAGUACAGCAUCUUAUGAUAGAUGCAUCCACUCACGCUGCUGUUAUGACCCUCAGGAUGCCCGGACUCCUUGUUAUCAUGGACAUACAGUAUCUUUGCAGUGCUAUUCUGAUGGACGUUUCCGCCUGGUUAUCUCGCGACAUGUAACUCAUCCUCCCCUUGUGUUGGCUUCUGUCGUUCUGAGACCUUCAGGGUGCCCUUCACACACCUUCAGAAAUGGUCAAUUCUUGGAAUUCAGAGGCCAUCUGGAACAGUGCAGCACACACAGGUUUUUGGAAGGUAAACUUGUAUAUGAGUUUUCUCUAUUGGCAAGCCAGAAUAUUCUGUUCUCCUCAAAAGGAUCUAUCACCCGCGACACAACUGUUACUUUACUGUCCUGGUGCACAUACCCCAGCACUGUGUCAAAGUCUCUUGUCCCAGUUGUGGAAUCUCCAGUUCCUGUUGCAUCUGUGACAAAGAUCUCUGGACUAAAUCUUGAGCUGCGCAUUUCUAAAGACUUUUCUUACACCUCAUUUUUUUCACCUCUGGACUUUCCUUUGCGGGUACCUCUAGCCAACCUUAUUUUUUUAGAGGUGCGACUUAUUCACCCUUAUGAUCCCAGGCUGCAUCUUCAUCUGCACGAUUGCUGGGGAGCUCCAACUCUGAACCCCACCUCAGAAGUACAGUGGCCCCUUUUACACAAUGGGUGUCCAUUUGCUGGAGAUGACAAAUUAACCCAAUUAUUACCUGUUCCUUACCCUCCAAAUCGACAGCAUUUUGCGGUUUAUGCCUUUGCUUUCCUUGGACAUCCAAACAAAACACAGGUGUAUUUUUUCUGCAGUGUCUCUGUCUGCUUGCCUUCCUUUUCGAAUCCCUGCCACUCAAACUGUAACACUCUAUCGCGCAGUCAGCGUUCUCAAUCUGAUGUUUCAUUGCACCUGGUAAACUCCCCUGGUCCCUUCAUCAUCCAGCAAGAGACCAGAAAGUACAGUGCAAACAACAAUUCCCGGCUGUCUAUAAAUAUAUUUCUUGUGUUCUUCUAUUCAGCUGUUUUAUAUCUAGUGUUCCAUUCUUGACUGUCCUAAUUUCCUAACCAGUAUGUUUUUGUUCAUAUGUGCCUUGUUAGUUGUAUCACUGCUUAUUUUUGUGUACCACACUGGUGAUGGUUACCUUUUAG